AUUUAAUCAUUUUACUUCAAACGACUUCUGUGAAAAAAACUAAUCCAAGGACUUGUGUUAAAACUUAUGAGACUAUUGAGUACUUCAUUCGAACCGUAUAUUAUAGUUGCAAUAUGCGUUUACUCAAUCCUCGGUCAUUUUCUGUUCGGCGAAAGAAACAACUCACACAUUAAAAAUAACACUCUCAAAAUAGGGUAGAAGUUAACAAUUCUGAGCAGCAUUUCAUCAAACAGUUGAUACACAAGACAAAGAAUCACCCUUAUCUAUGGAAAUGUUCUCUUCAAUGAGAAAUUACAAUCUUGUCCCUGACCGUCUUUUGCAUUAUUUCAAUUCUGCCGGUCUGGUGGAUCAGGAAAAGGUGAAAGAAUUUGUUGCUGAAGCGAGUUCAAGAAUCGGAAGAGGGUACUGAUAUGGACUCCAUUGUUAAUGGUGCCAUUUGUGAAAAAUCGCUGGGACUUAAUAAGUUAACUUGAUUUGUAUAGCCGAAGGAUCUGCCAUAGUUUUCCUAGUUCUAUUUUCCUUUUUUUUUUUUUUGGGUUCCUACAUCUGAAGCUACAUUUAUACACGCAAGCCACAUGAAAUAGGUUAUUUGUUGUGAACAUGCCUUUGCUCGAAUCGUGGGAGUCUGAAUCAUACCCUUCAAGAAAAUUAUUGUGUUAACUUCUUUUCCCUACAUGAAAUAUCAUUUUCUUUUACUUUGAAACAUCAAUAUUUAGAAUUCACCCCAAAAACUUACUACUAGGUAUUCUAACAAUCCAAAGCUUGUUUUCAGAACUCUUCCCUCUCCUAUUAAAAAAAAUACCACUAAGAAAGAGAAAAUACAACAUUAUGAGUUAUCCUGCUAAGGGUUUCAAGCAGUUUAAUAUUCAUUUUACGUUGUCUUUUUGCCUAUAUAUGUUCCAUUUUCUGCUAAGAUUUGUUCAUACUAGGAUUGUAUGUCAUUGGAGCUUUCCCAAUUGGCAACUGCUAAUAUCCUGUUCCGUCUAUAUUACCUUUAUCUUGGCGUUGAUGCCGAAUAACAUGUGUAUUUUUGAGCCGAGGGUCUAUCUGAAACAACCUCUUUACCUCACAAAGGUAGCGGUAAGGUCUCCCUACAGGCGUACACCCACCCUCUCCAGACCCUGCUUGUGGGAUCACACUGGGUAUGUUGUCAUUGUUGUUCAUAGCUCGAUUUUCUUUGAUAAAAUUUCAACCAACUCAUUGCCUAAAAAUUCAAUAAACUCAUUGCCUAAACACAACUGAUGAACAUAGUUCUCGUGGAAGUCAAUCACACUAUCAGAUUAUCACUAUUGUGUGUUCCGUGGAUAAGGUCUGCGUACUUCCUGCCCUCCCUAGACCCUACUUGUGGGAUUACACUGGGUAUGUUGUUGUUGUUGUUCGACCAAGUCACAUAUGGGCACCUGCUAUUUGAUGCCUGGGUACUUUAUGUUGAAUGUUUCUAUUUGAAAUGGAGAUAAAUAAAAUUUUAGUAAUUUGUUGGAUAAAGUCUUUUGUUGCUUGAUUUGCAUCUUGUCCUAUCUUCUAGUUGUAUUUAGGAGGCUCCAUUUUUGUAAUGUAAUGUAAGUAAUCACAUGUAAUUAUCUGACUUCCAACUUGCUGGGGUUUAUAGCUUCAUAAAACCUGGAUUAGGGUAGACUAAUCAGGCAUCAGAAUCCACUUAUAAAUGCUGAUGCUAAUUUUAAUCAUCUUCCUUGAUUGUAUACGGCCAAUUUUGGCCUUGUUUAUGAAUGAAAUACUUUUACCUGAUCACAAGACAAAGGUAUGAAGAUUAAAUGUUUCAGCUGGGUUAAACCCUCAGGGGUUGGCCCGGUGGUAAUUGGCUUGAGCCUUGGGGUUUGCUCCCUUUCAAGGUCUCAAGUUCGAAACCCACUGGGUGCAAACAAUUUCUGAGGGCCAUCGGACUGGGGUAAAACCCUGAAUUACCCGUGGUGCACUUGCGGGAAACUCCUUGCCGAGGGCCUGUGCACCCCCGGGAUUAGUCGGGGCUCAAAGAGACCCGGACACCCGGUGCUUAAUCAAAAAAAAAAAAAAAUGUUUCAGCUGGGUUAUACUAAAGAAUGCAUGUCUUACUUUGGACAAUCUGAAUAGAAAAUGCUUCCAGUUGGACAACAUAUGUUAUUUCUGCAAGAGCACUCAGGAGACAGUUAACCACCUCUUUCUGCAUUGCCCACUAGCUUAUGGCCUUUGGAACAUGUUCCUAUGUAUUUUUCAGUUAAGAUGGGUGAUGCCACAAAGUUUGAUAGAAGCCCACAUGUCUUGGAGUUUAUGGAUAGUUGAUAAGACCAUCAGGAAGGUUUGGAAUAUGAUUCCUGCUGCAAUUUUUUGGUGUAUUUGGACUGAGAGGAACAAGAGAUGUUUUCAUGAUACCUCAAUUCCUAUUCAAGCUCUUAAAGCCAAAUGCUUAGUUAAUCUUUUUUGCUGGACAAUGUUGUCCCCAGUAUCUAAUGCUGAUCAUUUCUUAGAUUUAUUAGUACUCUAACUUUAGAAGGAACCAAUGUAUAGGGACCUGCAAUUCUUUUGUUUUUUGCCUAUCUGUAAUUACGCCCCUGUAAUUAUGUAUCUACUUGAUGCUUUUCUAAUGAAACAUCUUACUUCAUCAAAAAAAAAAAAGACAGAGGUACAGAGAGCAAACUAAAAAUUGAAAAUUGUCAAUGUGGAAUAGAAAGGCUUCCUUGAACGUAAGUGUAAAAAGUUAAGGGGUGGGAAUGUAUUUGGAAGAAGCUAAGUUGCGUCUCUUUGUUGUGUGAAUAGCUGCAGGUGUAUAUCCAAUCACGUGUAUCAAAUAUGUUCAGGAGAGUUACAGGAGUUUUCAUUUGUGCACUUAUUUUACUGUUUAUUUACGCCCAGAGCUUCUAGUGCUUACACUGUGUCUAGUUUUGAAUUUAGUCUGUUGUUUUCCUUUAUACUCUUGUUUCCUAUUCAUUUUGACCUUGCUUCUAGUCUUAUGUUACACUGUGUGUUGAGCAACUCCUGUAGAUUCUCAGCACUUCUAUUGACCACCUCAACAAAGAAGUAGGUGUUUUCAUCCAAGUGUUCCUCAGUUUCCAUUAGACGUGCAGAGACAAUAGCUGAUGUUUCAAAAGGCCCUUCUAGCUCAUGAAUUGGCAUGUCAUCAAACAACUUAUGCGCAUAUUAUAUUGAAUUCCAAUGACCUUCGGUUCUGCAAAUGGCUCGACAAUUUCAGUUUUCCCCUCCUUGUGUAAUUAAUUCAGACGGACAUGCGUGAAACAACACUGCUGGCAAUGUGGUUCCUGUAAUGUAAUGCACAAUUUGUGUUUAUCCUAAACAUGACCUUGCAGAAUCGGAAAGAGAACUUGUCCGCGAAAAUAAUCGGGAAGACAUGUUCCAUGAAAAUGACACGUUUAGAAGAUAUUACAUAGAGGUUCAAGCUUAUAAAUGCACCAAAAUUACCAGUGGCCACCUGAGGAACUAUUUGGUGAGAAGAAAUCAAAACAGCUAACCCCAUGCUGUUGAACAAUCCUGCUGUUGGACAAAGGUCCGAAAGCGGUGAUAAUUUUGGAAGUCACUUUGAGGAGGGUUCACAAAUUCCUGGCAGGCAAUUGUAUGAGCAUUAUCGAUCACAUCAUCACAAUAAUCAGGUGCCAACAGAUCAGUUUGUGAUGAAUCGACCUGAUGUGGCUCUAACCUCAAGGACUACUCCCUAUUCUUUAUACGAUCCAAGAUAUGCUGCCAUUGGUCUGCCAGUUGAUCCUCAUUUGCGUGCACUCAAGCGGAAUCCCAACUUUGGAAUGCGAAGUGUGACAAAUGUUGAAAGUUCAACCACUAAUGAUUCAAGGACUGACUAUGCACGUAGUAAAGUGCCAAGGCUGCAUCAAUCAUCUUCUCUUUCAGGAGUAUAUCUUAUCCCUCCUUUAUUUUCAAGAGAAGUUGUUGAGCAAGAACAUAGACAGAGCAGGGGAGACUAUCCACGGGUGAUCAGGCCUACUCCCUAUUCUUUAUACGAUCCAAGAUAUGCUGCCAUUGGUCAGCCGGUGGAUCCUCUUUUGCGCGCACCCAAGCAGAAUCCCAACUUUGGAAUGCCAAGAGCGACAAGUGAUGAAAAGAAUGAGAUUACCAGGGAAUUGAAGCAUAAUCCCUACUUCGGAAUGCCAAGUGCUACAAGUGAUGAAAAGAAUGAGAUCACCAGGGAAUUGAAGCAGAAUCCCUACUUCGGAAUGCCAAGUGCGACAAGUGAUGAAAAGAAUGAGAUCAUCAGGGAAUUGAAGCAGAAUCCCUACUUCGGAAUGCCAAGUGCGACAAGUGAUGCAAAGAAUGAGAUCACCAGGGAAUUGAAGCAGAAUCCCUACUUCGGAAUGCCAAGUGCGACAAGUGAUGAAAAGAAUGAGAUCACCAGGGAAUUGAAGCAGAAUCCCUACUUCGGAAUGCCAAGUGCGACAAGUGAUGAAAAGAAUGAGAUCACUAGGGAAUUGAAGCAGAAUCCCUAAUUCGGAAUGCCUAGUGCGGAAGUGAUGAAAAGAAUGAGAUCUCCAGGGAAUUGAACGGCAAGUAGCAGAGGGGAAAAAGCCAGUUCACUUUGGAGCAAUCUCUUUUUUUUUUUUUUUGGUUAUCGAUCUUCCCUUUUCUUUUACCCUUUCAAUUCCAUAAGCUUUAAAGCGUCUGAACGUUUUAAGGGAAGUUUAGGUUUUGCCGUUUUGUUGUCAAUUUCAAGCUAUCAGUAAACCGCAUUUCUUUUUAUCAGUUCUUUAAGUUCAAUGCAAAACGAAUGUUUCUUAUUCAAUAUUGUUGUUAUGCUUUACUGUAUACCUGAUAGAUUUGACUCAGAGAUGGAUGCGUGAGACAUGCACCAUAUGCCUUGUGAUAAGAAGUUCAAUCUAAAAUCAUGUUCCUGAGUGUUUUGU